AUGCCUGAGCCGGCGAAGUCUGCUCCAGCUCCGAAGAAGGGCUCUAAGAAGGCGGUGACCAAGGCGCAGAAGAAGGACGGCAAGAAGCGCAAGCGCAGCCGCAAGGAGAGCUACUCCGUGUACGUGUACAAGGUGCUGAAGCAGGUCCACCCCGACACCGGCAUCUCACUGGCCAAGCACGCCGUGUCUGAGGGCACCAAGGCCGUCACCAAGUACACCAGCUCCAAGUAAGGUUACCG